UUAUUAUGAUAGUCUAAUCAUACAACUUUUCGCUAAAAUAUGAUAUUGUAAUGAGUGCAUCUGGUAAAUUAAUUGGAGAUACUACUUCGUUAAUUGGAUACACUUCAAUUGGUAGCAUUCUCAUAUUUCAGAAUAAUACAUCAAAUUUCUUAAAUGUGAAAAGAGAAUUUAAAUGUUUAGAUGUUAUGAGUCAAUGUCUUGUAAUGGCUAGUGAAAAUACUUUAACUAUUCAUGACGUUGAAAACAAUUUUGAUUAAUGUUUCAUUGAAAUUCCUGAUGGUAUAAAUACUUUAGCCAUUGGAUAAUUUCAUAAUGGCAAAUGUAAUUAAGAUAUAGUAUUAAUUGGUGGUAAUUGCACUCUCUAAGGAUUUAAUGUAUAAGGAGAAGAAGUAUAUUGGAAUGUUGCAAGUGAUGAAGUUGUCUCUUUAUGUGUCUUUGGUUUUGAUAAUGAAAAUUAUAUUGCUGUUGGAACUGCAGAUAAUUGUGUAAGACUCUUAAAAGGAGAGGAAACAGUAUUCUCAUUUAAUACUUAAUCUUUACCUACAUCUUUUGCUGGCUUAAUCUAUUUUGAUUAAACAUAUCUUCUGACUGGAAUGGAAAAUGGAUCUAUUAAAUUACAUAGACAAUAAUUAGAAUUAUGGCAUAAUAAUGAAGAAUAAGAAAAGAUUUUUAAACUUAUUUCUAAUGAUGAAAAUCAUUUCAUUGUUGGAAGAAGAAAUGGAUAAAUUGAAUUAAGAACUUUAAUCUCUGGUUAAUUAAUACAAAAAUUAAAUUGUGAUGAAUUAUUAAGUGGAUUUCUCUACUCAGAUCUUAGAGGAGUAGGAGUUAAUCAAAUUGUAGCUGUCUCUAAAUAAGGUAAUGUUAAAGGAUUUACUAUUGUUGAUAAAGAUCUUGACAAUCUCAAUUUGUCUUAAAGUAGAAUUCUUACAGAAUUAACAUAAAAGAAAUAGGAGUUGCUUUAAUAAUUGUAAUUAGAUAAAAUUCCUACAGGUUUAGAUCUGAGAUGUGGUUUUUAAAAAAAUAUAGCUAAUUAAUGUCUAAAUUUAGUUUUUAUUCUACAAGAACCAGGAUACUAUAUUACGUAAGCUAUCAUAUUUCAUGAAACUUAUUAUAAAGAAGGAUACAUUAUUAAUAAUCCUCAACCUUCUGAUAAAUUAUUUGCACCCUUAAAAUAGUUAGUUGAUAAUUAGAAGGUGAUUUUGAAUUGCAAAGUUUUUGUCUCCUAAAAUCCUCAUGGUAAUUACUUUUUAAUUUUGGAAACAUGUCCCACAUUUGCAAAAUUUGCUAAUUUUUAGUAUGUUGAUUAAGAUCUUAAAAUACAAUCUUUUGUUGAAGCCAAAAUAAAUGAAAGAGUUCCACGUUAUGUAAAAUGGAUAGAUCAAUGUUUUAAUAUAAACGAGGAAAUAAAAAAGAAAUUCGAAUCCACAAAUGAAUUUGUUUUCAAUACAAUUAAUAUUAUUAAUCAAUAGAAAUUACAGAUUCAUGUAAAUAAUUUUAAUAAAUAAAUAGUUUGAUUCUAAAGAAGGGAAAGUAAUUGUUCGAUGUGAUUCAAUUGCUACAUGUGGAGAUAUUAUUUAAGAUCUUUGUGAUUUUAUCUAAAUUUAAGAUUUAAUGACAGUAGGACAAUUUCCAGUAGAAAUGUAAGAGUUUAAAAAGGUACUAGAAACAGUUUAACAACAUAAAUCUUCUAAAUUAUAAAUAUCAGGUGAUGUUGCUGAAGCAAUGAAUCUUGUUAAAUCAUAUAUUGUGAAAGCAGAAGAUUCUAGAAUGAUAGGAGAUAUUAAAACAAUGUAAAAAAUGUAUGCAAAUGUAAUGGUUCAGAAUAGAGCAAUAUAAACAGAAUUAUAUAAAAAGAAAUAAAACAAUGAUAUUUUAAUGAAUAAUUUAAAAGAAGUUAAUGCUAUGAUAAGUAAAGCAAGUUAAUUGAGAGUUGGCAAUGCUAAAAAUGCGAUUACUAAUAUGUGUAGAAAUGCUGUAAAAAAGAAUAACUUAUUAACAUUAAUUGAAGUUAUCUAGUAAGGAAGAGAAAUUUGA